AGAUAGAUGCAGGCCUUUGACUGCACUGCUGUGCAUCGCUACAAGUGUCCGAGUGGGAGGAUGUGCAUGAACGUCACAGCAAAGAGUGGCCUGUCAAUGGCGCGACAAUGUUACUACGUGGAUCCGUACAGUGGUUUCCUGUGCGACGGUACGAAACACUGUACGGACGGAUCAGAUGAGGACGCCCGCUUCUGCGCUUCGUACGACUGCAACAGGGACGUGCCGCACACGCCACUGUAUCCGCCUGCUGGAAGCCGUGGACCGCCGUGCCCAAGACGACGUUGUCCCGGCGGAAAGGGCGGGUGUUUAACCGAGAGUCAGCUGUGCGACGUUGUUGUCAAUUGCGUUGGCUAUGGUGGAAGCGACGAGAGCGACCGUUACUGCAAGAGGCGCGGAUGCUCCCCUUCUAGUUACUACUACUUGUUUCAAUGCUUGAGCGGCAGAUGCAUCAGUCGUCAGCUUGUGUGCGACGGUACGAAGGAUUGUCCCGACGGCGAUGACGAAGGGAAGUUCUGCGAGAACAUGGACUGUCCGUCCGAUCGGGUCAAGUGUGCGGGCGGGGGGAACCGGAUGUGCAUCCUGGGGAGUCAGGUGUGCGACGGAGUGGACGACUGUCCGGCGGGAACGGACGAAAAGCAGCGCGGGUGCGCUUCUUUCAAGCUGUGCGACGGUGUGAAGCAGUGCAGGGACGGGUCGGACGAGGACCCCAGCCUCUGUCGCACAUACAACUGCUCUGACGGGGAGGUCAAAUGCAAGGACGGGGUCACUUGCAUCAGCCAAAGAUCUCUCUGCGAUGGACUGAAGGACUGCCCGGACAAGUCGGAUGAAGAUCCGGCCUUCUGCCGCAAGCAGCACGACUGCUCCUCAGCUGCAGCAGCAGCUAUGGUGCACGUACGCCACUAGCCUGUGCAACGGCCGUGUCGGGGACUGCUAUGGGGACAAAGACGAAAAGCCGGGGACUGCUAUGGGGACAAAGACGAAAAGCCGGAGUUUUGCAGUUCCGAGCAAACACGGAACCAGCUGGCUGCGGUCGGGAGCAUCACUUGCCGAAGCAAUAUUACCCAGUAUAUCUAUGGACGUUAUUGUGACAAGAAGGUGGACUGUGCUGAUGGGAGCGACGAGAGGCAUGGGUUCUGCAGGCGGUACAAAUGCCCCGAAG